GGGUGGAGAAAUUGCAGCCGUUAGUGGUGGUCAAUAAAACAUGAAGUCUCAGUUGCAGCUUAGGUGUACUUAAGUAGGAGUGGGCGAAAUGCGUGGGUGGGUAAUGGAGGUCACCUCAAGCAGUGCUGUCUUAUUUAUGGCAAAGUGCGGUGCUUAAAUUUGCCCACUAGAAAAUAAAAAGGAUGCUCGGUUGGUAAGCUGAUUUUAAAAGUACAAAAAGGUAAGCUUUGAGCAAAGGUGUAGCUUUUGUGUCUGGGUAAACAUAAAUGUAAUAGAAAACUGAUUCAAGCCUUGUUCAAAAUAUAUCAUAUAUUUUAAGUUUAGUUUUCGUUUAAUAUUGAUUGUAGCAAAGGCGAAAAAGAAAUCAAAUCCUCACCCUGUCACCUCGGAGAAUAUUUUUCAGAAGUUCACCCACAUCGUUUUCUGACUAUACACCUUUUUUUACAGAGCCAACAGAACAAUAAAAUAAAAAACGGAAUGCAUUAAGGUCAACUUAUCGGAUCGAAUGUCCAUAGCCUGCCAGCCAGGUGAUUCAUUGUCCGGAACUGCCGAGUAUAGAAGUAAUCUAGUAAACUUAUGCCAAUUAAAGCUUUUCCACUUGCCAUCGAUUGUUAAGUAUACCUGUUUGCCUUCCAUUAAUUUUCUAUUCUAUACCUGAGACUAAACCGCCUUUUUAUUCAUUUUGUUCCUUCCUUUGGAGUUUUCUCCUUUCUGCGAAAUGUGUUCGCUCAUUGUUCAAGUUAAUUUGUCAUUUUCACUCGUCCAUAUAAUGGGAAUUUUCCAUCAUUCUCUUUCUGUUCCGUGCCCUUUGACUUUUUGGUCCUCGGAUUUUCCCUUUUCCGGGUAAACAAUCAAGUUCUGGUCGGGACAAAAGUAAAUAUCUGGCUGGAAAAAUCUACUUGAUUUUAAGCACAAGAACCUCCGCAGCCUGUCGAAUAUUAAAAACUAAACUUUUUCGGGGGAGCAGAAUGCUUUUGGGCUGGGGAUUGUUUGGUGGGUCGGUGGACUUUUGGUGGGUCUACGGCGACUGCUUUCAAGGAGCUCAACAAACUUCUUACACUUUAUUUAAUUAAAGUUUUACUUGUUCGUUGUUUUUCGCAUUUGUUCGCUGACGCUGUCGUGUUAUCAGUGGGACAGCUGGGACAGUUGUCAGCCGCCCUCGUAUCCGCCGUUCGACUUUGAAGUUUGGCGGCGGGAGGUUAGAUUUCAACGAGGCAUGUCCAAAAAAUGGAAAUAAUUUAAAGCUGCUCAACUUGAUUUCGUUAGAAUAUGUGCAAAUACUCGGGAUUAGGCGAGGUUUUGUGCUCUGUUUUGGUUUCGCUCUUAAUUGUUUCCGUAUUUAGUAUGGUCAGAAUGUUUAAGUUAAAAUGUUUAAUUUUCGUAACCUACUUCCUUGAUAUAAUUUAUCAUUUAUUUAAAUAAAGUGAAUUACAUUUUAAACAAAGAACUCCAAAUUGUAUCCCCUUUUCCAGAACCAGAACGGAUUUUACUUUGACUAACUUAAAUUCUGUUGUUUUCUCAUGAAUCUUAAAUACUCUUUUCUUUUCGGCAGCCAUAAUGAAUGAAAACAAAAAGCUUGUGUCAUAUGUAAUAAGUGAAACUACUUGUGCAUGUGCUAUAAAAUAUAUGUAGUAAGGGCUUGAUAUGCAGGUAUACCUAUUUGCCUGUUGUAGAGAACCGAAAAAAUGUGAAUGAAUUAGCCGUCAGACGAGGACAUUGCACAGCAAUUUGCAGCGAGCUGCGGAGCAAACUGUCAGACUAGCCGGCCACCUAACCUAGAUAAAAACCAAACCGCACACUUGGCUGCCUAUUCAGAUAAAGUCGGAGCAGGCGACAGAGCCAGAACCAGAAGCUAUAGAAUCUGGAACCAGGGUUACAGCCAUGUACAAGAUCCGAGCAGGAGGACAAAAGCGCACACAGGCGUGUACAUACAUGGAUGGCUAUUUUUCUAUAUAUUUUCCCUUCCACUAUUGCAGCCACUUUGGGUCUUCGGUGAGAAACUUAUAAACAGCCGUGGAAAGUUUUCAUAAAAGAUGGAAGUACAAAAACACACUCGCACACUCGCACACUCACACACUCACACACUCUCACAUAUAGACACUCGAGUGUUUUGCAUUUUAUGUAGCAUGAGUGCAAAAAGAAGGGGAAAAAACAGCCAAGAGGGGGAAAACUCUUUAAAAGCGAAAAACUUUUUUAAUAAUCCAGCGACAGCGUCCUGACUUUGUGGCCUGCAGAUACAGAUACAAAUACAAAGAUACGAGAUCUUCAGUCGACAGGGAGAGAGAGGGGGAUAAAGAGAGACUGGGCCAACUGUUUCAGGAAUUUAAAUUGUUAGCUUUAUCUGCGUUCGGCACUGAUUGCAAAUCCAGUUUAACCCCAUUUACAGGUGAGAACCGGCAGAUGGAAGGUGCAAACACAUGAAGCCACUUGAAAAUGGAGUGAUUCCGAAGGCAGGCAUCUGUGAGAUACAUUCUGCAUCCAUCCAUCGGUGGAAAGUGAGCCACAGACCAUAAACUCUCAGAUUUAGCCUAAUUUCCAUCCUAGUAUUCCAAUGUGAAUUUCCCCUGUCUUGUUGGCCAAUCAGCCAUCCACCCAUCCAUCCAUGCAUCCAUGCAUCCAUGUAUCGGCGAAACCCUUUUGUUGUGGCACUAUUGGGCUGCUCACUGAGUGUGUUAUCUGGACAGAUUAUCUGGCUGAGUGAACGCCUUGGCUAAACGAAAUUCAAUCAGGCUAAUAGCUGGCGUAACCACACUCGGAAAUAAAUUGUUCAUAAAUCGCAUCAUUACCUUAACAUUAGACUUCAUGAUUUUGCGAAAAUUUGCAAGAAGCUUCUGUGGUGGAAUGUGAGAGCUUAGCUAAAACCAAGAUACAAUUUUUUUGUCUUUAAUAUUUGUAUAUAUUACAAUAUUUAGCAAAGAAAGCUUCAAUACAAAAUGAAAUUUACAAAAAUAAACUAAAGUGUUCUUAAAUAUUGAAAUUAAUCCUAAAAUGACACACAAUUUCUCCGAGUGCAUCGCCUUGAGUGCUGCCCGUGGCUGUGAUUCGAUUAUGCCACUGCCUUUGGGUAAUCCACUAGCACUAGCAGUCAUUCGAGUCACAGCGAUGCCGCGUUGGCUUCUACUCCUGGGCAUGUCGGCCCUGGGUAUACUGUACAGUCUGACCAGGGUGUUUGGCCUAAUGGCCACCGCCAAUUGGAGUCCGCGAGGCAUUAAGAGGGUCAGACAGAGCCUCUAUCUGCGCAUCCACGGCUGGGUGAUGCUGAUCUUUGUGGGCUGUUUUUCACCCAUUGCCUUUUGGUGCGUUUUCGAAAGGAUGGCCUUUCUGCGCCAAAACCGAAUUCUACUAUUGAUUGGCUUUAAUCGAUAUGUCCUGCUUCUGGUCUGCGCUUUCAUGACUCUGUGGAUACACUGCUCCAAGCAGUCGGAGAUUAUUGGGUGUCUCAAUCGAUUGCUGAAGUGUCGAAGGCAGUUAAGGAGACUGAUGCACACUCGGAAACUGAAGGAUUCCAUCGAUUGUCUGGCCACCAGGGGACACCUGCUGGAAGUGGUGGUGCUACUCUGUUCCUAUUUGUUCGCCUUGGCUCAGCCCAUUCAGAUACUCAAGGAUGAUCCGGAAGUGCGAAGGAACUUCUUGUACGCCUGCAGUUUGGUUUUCAUAACCGUAUGCCAGGUCAUCCUGCAGCUAUCCCUGGGGAUGUACACAUUAGCGCUACUUUUUCUGGGUCACCUCGUUCGACACUCCAAUCUGCUGCUGGCCAGAAUUCUGGUGGAUGCCGAGCAUAUUUUUGAAAGUUCCCAGAGUGCCGGAUUUUGGCUCAACCGGCAGGAGCUGUACAAAGGCCAACAAAAGUGGUUGGCCCUCGAGUUGUGGAGAUUACUUCAUGUGCAUCAGCAAUUGCUGAAGCUUCAUCGGUCCAUAUGCUCAUUGUGCGCAGUUCAGGCCGUCUGCUUUUUGGGAUAUGUGCCCUUGGAGUGUAUGAUUCACCUGUUCUUCACAUACUUCAUGAAGUACAGCAAGUUUAUACUGAGAAAAUAUGGAAGGUCUUUUCCGUUAAACUACUAUGCCAUCGUCUUUUUGUUGGGGCUCUUCACCAAUCUUUUGCUGGUAAUUUUACCCACAUACUACUCAGAGAGAAGAUUUAACUGUACCAGGGAAAUCCUCAAACGCGGAGGAUUGGCCUUUCCAUCCAGAAGCACUGUGAAGCAACUCAGGCACACUAUGCACUACUACGGCCUGUAUCUGAAGAAUGUGGAGCAUAUAUUUGCCGUCAGCGCCUGUGGACUGUUUAAGCUGAACAAUGCGCUACUCUUUUGCAUCGUGGGUGCGAUACUAAAUUACCUCAUGAUACUGAUACAGUUUGAUAAAGUCCUAAACCAAUAGCUGACAAACUCACCAGACAAUGGCCAUAAAUAAACAUAAAUUAAAUUGUUCCCUUGUUAAGGAUGGGUAAAUAUAUGUAUAUGUAGUAAUAGCAAACGGAAUCCCAUGGAAGGGGCGACUU